GCUCAACUCCGAAUUUGCAACAGUAAGCUAUAAGAAUCUUGAGCUUGACUUGUAGUGCAUGUGGUUGUGAGCGCAAUUGGAGUGUGUUUGAGCAGAUUCACACCAAAAAAAGGAAUAGACUUGCACAAAAACGACUAAAUGAUCUGGUCUUUGUGAAGUAUAAUCAAAAGAUGAAGGCACGAUAUGAUAAGCGUGAUGUUACUGAUCCCAUCUCCUUAGAUGAUAUAGAUGAAAGUAAUGAAUGAUUGUUGGGGGAAAUGGGUGCUGAACCAUCUAUGAAUGUUGAAGAUGAGUUGGUUUUUGAUGAUGAUGAUGAUGGUUUGACAUGGGGUGUAGUGGCAAGAGCUGCUGGUGUUGGAGAACCAAGGAAGAAUACUAGAUUCCAAAAAAAAUCAAGGGCAAGCUCAAAGGCCUCAACAUCACAACCAAAUAUUGAAGAGGAAGAUGCUGAUUCUGAUUCUGAUGAGACCGAGGAAGAGAAUGUUGAUGGUUAUAAAUCUGGUUCAAGUGGCUUUGAAAGUGAUGGAAACUUGAGUGAAGACUCUGAUGAUGACCUUUAGAUUAAAAUAACACCACAUUCAGGCUAUUAAAUAGGCUAAUGGGCAGAAUGUUCAAUCUUCAAAUGCUUUUGUUUUGUCAUGGAUAGUCAUGAAGUUCAAUCUUCAAUGUUUUGUUAGGAGUUUUCUUCUUUCUAAUAUGAAGUUAUGAACAAUAUUUUGGUUUAAUAUUCAAAUUUAGUUGAUAUUUGGAUGGA